UGGGAGUGGGAGUGGGAGUGGUCGCUUGAAGCAAAGUAGAGGAGAAUAGAGCAAACUGGAGAAAAAGAAGAAGAGGACGAGUGGUCGAGUGCUCGAGUGGAUGAUGGAUGGGUGGGAGCAAGGCGAGCAAGAUGCCGGUGCGCGUGCCGGGUGCGGGGUCUGCGGAUCUGCGGGGCUUCCACCAGCGCGAGCGGCCUGUUUGGUCCCGCUCAUGCCGCUCACCCCUCAUUCCGUCUCUUGUGGUUGGUCCAUGCCGCCGGCUCCGCUCCUCCCUUGCUCGAUCACUCUCCACCACCACUCCAUCGCUCUCUCUCAUCUCACAUCCUACAACACCACGCACCGUGCGCAAAUGCACGUACCUACCCUCCUGUCUCCUACAUUAUGUCUACUCAGCAAAUCUGGUUGAGCGCUGAACGGCAUCGCCAUCCCUCUCUCUCCCCCACUCGGUGCUUUGUGCUUGAAACAUCGGGUACUUCGGCCCAAAAUUCAGGCACUU